AUGCCGCAAGAUCUGCAAAUUAUUCCUUUAGUUUCUUGUUCUUCUGAGGACUUAACACAGUCGAUGGACCUGUGCCGGCGCCUGCGACUACUAAUGGGGUUGAACCAUAAAUGUCUAAACAGGAUACUCAGUGUUAAAUUUGUGCAGGACAUGGCUGUUUGCGAGAUUGAAAAGAAGCACUCUGUUUCUCUCCAGGAUAUUAUUGAUGAGGCAGCCCUUACUAUUUGUCCCAUUUCAAAGCUGCUCAUCUACUCCGUGUUUCUUGAUCUUUUGGGGCUCGCUACGUACUUAUUUACGAUCACAGACGAUCCUGACGUUUUCGCGAUGCUUACCGAUUGCCUCUCUGCCUCCUUGAUUGCUGUGGAUGACUAUGGAUAUUCAUCGAUAUCACUGAUACAAGGGUUAAGAUGCCUCCCUGCUCUCAGAUCCAACCGCAUAGAGACACGCGCAGUAUAUGGUAGGCUCCUUCUAGAUAAGUUGGCAUCUAUAUUACAAAGCAUGUUCCUGGCCCAUGCUUCUGCUACUAAGGAGCGAGACCUUGUCCGGAGGUACCUAUCUAAAAAGAGCACAUCAUUUUCGCCGACAGGAGAAGAGCUAAUUCUUGACUUUGCAUUUCGGCCAUCUAAGUAUACUUUGGUCAAGAGCGAUAGCCAAGAUCAGGUACUGUACAGGAAUCCUCGGAUUGCGGAAGUCCAAGCAGCAAUUGAUUACUUCAGGGGACUUAAGCGAGAUGUCUGUGGGGAAACACCCUUGAUGCAAACCAUUUCUGAAGGUGGUUGCUCUGAUGCUUCAAGGAACACUCUAUGUGUUGAUUACAGUACGACACGCUUUGUGGCCAGAAAUGGGCACACGGCUUUAUUUAUAGCAGUACUGAAGAAUUGUGCUCCUGCUGUUGAAAAGCUGCGGAUCUAUGAGGCUAGAAUGCGUCUAGCUUCCUCGGUCACCAUCUGUGGUCACUUACUAAGCCACAUCACAGCCCUCCACUUAGCAGUCUCUCUGCAUCGACACGAAAUAAUAGAAUUACUUGCGCCUUACGAGGCUAUGCUUCAGGAUACGCUGAUGCAUUUUACGCCUUUGCACAUCGCAGCUUUUACAGGGGACUUACAUGCAAUACGACUCCUAUUACCUUACGCAGCGGGUAUACCAGAUAAGAAUGGAUGGACAGCCCUUGUAUGGUGUGCUUACCUUGAUAACAAAUGCAGCCUUUGUGAGCUUCUUUCAUUGGAGGGCACCGAGAAGACUUUAAGGUUGGCACUACAUGCCGCUACAUCUGUAAAGAGCACUGUUUGUAGUACUUUCCUUAAUACUAUAUUUGCUCACCUGUCUAUGCCUACCUGA